CAACAUCCAGAGGAAACGGUCAGUGACGAGUGUGUAUCCUCGUGUAUUGUGUUUUGAAGACAUGUGUAUUACGAACAGUGUGUAAUCCUUAUUUAUCGUGUCGGGCGAGGACCAUGUGUUACUGUUAACAUGUAUCUAUGAAAUCUGCGCCUAUCGUAGAAUGGGAGAUGACAAUGUCGUAUCCCGCCUCGGCAGCUUAAAGGCUCUGUUUGGGAUUGUAGCAGGAGCCGGUGCCUCAUAUGGCAUUUAUAAACUAAUCUUUGAUCGCGCAGCAGUAAACAGAAAACAGUCUGCUAAAAGUGCGACUAUUCAGCCUGGGUGCCUGAUGGCCAAAGUGUCUGGAUUUAAAGUUGUCAGUAAAAGUGAUCAUCUGAAUCCUUCUGCGGAUACUGAAUCUAGUGAUGUUCUCUCAAAAUCUGCUGCCAGCCUGGAGCCCCGGCACCUGAGUAUGCUUCUCUCUCUUCUGCAGAGCAGCCCAAACCCAGAAGAGAGGAGGAAAGUUCUGGUAACGUUAGGAAACGCUGCUGCCUUCACAGUAAACCAGGAUCUUCUGCGUGAAUUCGGAGGUCUUCACAUUAUAGCAGGCUUCCUCUCAGACCCAUCACCUGAGAUCCAGGUUCAGACUCUAAACGCUCUGAACAACUUAAGCAUGAAUAUCUGCAAUCAAGAGCAGCUGAAGAUAUAUGUCCCGUCGGUGAUGCAGAUGAUUGAGAUGUCACCGGUGAACUCUGACCUUCAGCUGGCAGCGCUCCGAUUGCUCACUAAUCUGUCAGUCACUGAUAAUCACCAGCAUCUGAUGAAGAAUUCCAUCACCCUCCUCCUGUCUCUGCUCAUAGUGAGCAAUGACGUCCUACAGAUCCAAGUCCUGAAGGUCCUAGUAAAUCUUUCCUCCAAUCCAGAUCUGAUGGAAGAUAUUGUGCUAGCUCAGGCUCCAGCCUCUUUGAUUUUGUUGUUUGACGGCUGCACAAGCACAUCAGUUCUUCUCCGCCUGUUGUUUUUUGUGGGGAACCUGCAUGAGUGGAGACCCUCUGCUCAGGUGGCUGAAGCUCUGAGGAGGCGGCAGGACUCUCUGUACUGUGUUUUACUAGGCCGCUCCUCUCAGCUGCACCAUAAGCUGCCCCUGCUGCUGUCCCAUCCAGAUGAGGAGGUGAAGACGCAGGUGGCCAGACUCCUCACAUAACCUCUUACAGAAGAUUUUUUACCAAAUAUGGCCAUACUUCAAUGUGUAGAUGCUUGUUUACCUACCUAAACGUUAGGGCUCUGCACUAACAACCUAGCUUUAAUUGCUUAGUGGAGCAGUGUUGAUAUCUCCUGGUAGCUGGUGGUCCACUUGGUAGGCCAUUUUGUAUCUUCUCAAAAUGUUAGAAAAUGGACAAGAAAUGACAUUUGUGAACACCACAGACCUCCUUUAAGAACCUUCGAGAACAUCUCCACUGCCAAACGUAGAUAAAGAUUUUUUUUUCUGACCACACUAAGUGCUUUGGAAAUCCAGACUAGUGGUGGGAAAGGACUCUUUUUAACAUCUCUGCAUGUGUUUAGAAAUCUUAAUGCCUUGGAAAAAUAAAGUGUUACUUCAGUGCUGCAUAAUGCAGGUGAAUUUUCCCAUUAAACCAGAGUUAUUCAGGUUAUGCUUAUGUAGUAAUGACCCAGGAACCUUUUGUUUACAGAAUGUGUGCAUUGAUUGUACUGUGACUUUUCUGAUGCUUGAUGAUGAUAUUGACAUGGGAUGCAUUAUUUAAUAAAUAUUGUUUCAUGUUAUAA